CCUUUCAAGCUUUUCAGAUGCUCAUCGAUAAUGCUGCCACUGGUGCUAUUUAUCCUAUUGGCCGCCACGCUCCUGUUUUGGAAAUGGCAGGGCAAUCACUGGCGUCGCCUGGGACUGGAGGCACCUUUUGGCUGGCCAUUGGUUGGGAAUAUGUUGGACUUUGCCCUGGGCCGCCGCUCAUAUGGAGAGAUUUACCAGGAAAUCUAUACUCGGAAUCCGGGCCUGAAAUAUGUGGGUUUCUAUCGCCUGUUUAACGAACCCGCCAUUCUGGUGCGUGACCAGGAGUUGCUGCGCCAGAUCCUGGUGGGCCGUAACUUUGCCGACUGUGCGGACAACGCCGUUUAUGUGGACCACCAGCGCGAUGUCCUGGCUAGCCACAAUCCCUUCAUCGCCAACGGAGACCGCUGGCGAGUCUUGCGGGCCGACCUGGUGCCGCUCUUCACACCCAGCCGAGUGCGUCAGACCUUGCCGCAUGUGGCCAGAGCAUGUCAGUUGCUCCGGGAUCAGGUGCCCCUUGGACGCUUCGAGGCCAAGGACUUGGCCACGCGUUAUACGCUACAAGUGGUUGCCUCCGCGAUCUUCGGUCUGGAUGCACAUUGCCUGGGGAUUCACAUGAGGGUGGCUCAUGAACCAAGUCGCUGGCUGGAAUGGCUCGCUCCGCUCUUUCAGCCAAGCGUUUGGAGUUUGCUGGAGACCAUGUCACUGUUGCACACGCCUCGAUUGGGUAGACUCAUUGGCCACCGAUACGUACCCCUGCCCCUGCAGCACUGGUUCAGGGAAUUGGUGGAAGCCCGAAGUGGUGGCGACAACCUCUUGCAAUGGCUGGCGGAAAGCAAAAGAGGCUUGGGAAAGGAGGAGCUAGCUGGACAUGCCACCACUCUCCUACUGGAGGGCUACGAAACCUCGGCGAUGCUACUCGCCUUCGCCCUCUACGAAUUGGCCCUCAAUGAGGAUGCACAGCGACGGUUACACAUCGAAUUGGAUGAAGUGGCCCAGCGCCACGCUGGCAAUCUGAUUGAUCCAGUGGCUCUGGGUGAACUUCGCUAUAGCGAAGCUGCGCUCUUGGAGGCACUGCGUCUUCAUCCGGCCAUGCAGGCUCUGCAGAAGCGCUGCACCAAGACAUUCACCCUUCCUGAUCAGAAAUCAGGAGCGAGCAGCGAACUUAAGGUGCAUUUGGGCACCGUGCUGGUGUUGCCGGUUCAGGCCAUUCAUUUAGAUCCCGCAUUGUAUCCGGCACCCAACCAGUUUCGUCCAGAACGCUUUCUAAAUCAGCCACCAAUGGGCUGUCGGUUUCUGGGCUUCGGAGCUGGACCACGAAUGUGUCCGGGAAUGCGACUUGGCCUGCUCCAGACGAAGGCUGCACUGACCACACUACUGCAGGACCACUGCGUCCAGCUGGCGGAUGAGGAUCAGUGCAGGGUGGAGGUGUCUCCGCUCACCUUCCUCACCGCCAGCAGGAAUGGCAUUUGGCUGAGUUUCAAGAGAAGGACACGUAGAUAUUAAUGAUGCAAUGAAGGGAUUAUAUCCAUAUAUCACAAAAUUUGUGCUACAUUGUAGAUGUUACAUGGAAAGGAUACUAUAUUUGUAGCUACCAGC